UGUUUGUUUUAUGCAGGCAGGUUGUGCACUGCAGUGUGAGUUUAGCAUUAGCACCACAGACUUCACAGACAGAUAUUCACAGUGUAACUUGGACUAAAAACAUCGUGUAAAUGUCAGGAGGAACUCGUCUGGAAAACGCGAACCCGGUCAUCUUCCAGCGGUCCGGAGAAAGACUGCUGACUGCUGCAGACGAGGAUGAAGACGUGCAAGACCCCAUCGACGACAGGGAAAUAUUUGAUCUGAUCAGAUCCAUCAACGACCCAGAACACCCCCUGUCUCUGGAGGAGCUCAAUGUCGUGGAGCAAAUACGAGUCAAAGUGAACGAUACAGAGAGCACCGUGGGUAUCGAGUUCACACCCACCAUCCCCCACUGCAGCAUGGCAACCCUCAUCGGCCUGUCAAUCAAAGUCAAGCUGCUUCGCUCCCUGCCAGACAGGUUCAAAAUUGACGUUCACAUCACUCCAGGGACUCACGCCUCGGAGGAAGCAGUGAACAAACAGCUGGCAGACAAAGAGAGAGUUGCAGCAGCUUUGGAGAACUCUUCGCUACUGGAGGUGGUCAACCAGUGUCUGACGGCCAGGAGCAUCUGAGCAGCUACUCAGCUUUGACUAUUUGAUAUUUGGCACCUGAAAUAUAUCUGUCUGACCAACUAUCACCAUAUAAAUGAAGUGAAUAGCUGCAGCUGGUAGACACAGAUGCAGCACAAAGAAAGAUAGUCAAGAUCACUGAGUUUACUGUGUUUCUUGGAGGAAUGUAUAGGGAAUCCCAUUUCCAAGAGAAUAAACUAAAUAUCAUUUAGACCAGUUUGGACAAAGCAGAGAAAUGAAUUCUUCUAUCUGUGAAUUUUGGGGUCAUCAGUGUGAAAAAGUUGAGAAACUACCUGUUGAUUUAAAUAAUGCAAUUUGAAUUGUAACAAAAAGGAUUGAAUCAUAAUUGGAGUUUGUCCUCAACAUCUCCUGAAAAUCUGCAGUAACAAUCCCCAUGUGUAUAAUAUUAAUGCUUUUUAGAUUUUAUUAAAAGUAUGCAUAUUAGUAAUAAAAGAUAAAUGAUA